AUGAAGCAUCAUGUGCAGGCAUUCCUCGCCGUCCUGCGGGUAAUACAGUCUCAUGGAGUUGCUAUAGAAGUCGCAGGCGUAGGUUGUCAGAGCACUGCCGUAGCCGAGCACUCUGGUGAGGAUGCUGGGACAGUCGGCGGUGAGCCUCCCAACGGCUUUAACCAAGGCGUCGGCAGGGAAAGUGGCGGCAUAGAGGCUAUUCUCAGUCUGCUCGCUGUAACACAGUUUCGUGAAUUUACAGAGCUUAUCGUAGACACAGUUGUGCGGGAGGCCCGUCAGCCAUACGAGCAUCUCAUAUACGUUGCACGGCGUCCUGAGCGAACGUGGAAGAUUGAAGUGACACGCCUUGUAGUAAUCGUUGAGAUGAUCGAGAAGAAUCCCGAGCGCAUUUUUGGUGUCCUUAUCAGAGUUGAAGACACGCUUAUAAUCGCCGACGAGGAGCAUGUCACCGGUGAGCGCGGCGCCGGAGUACGCACUGAUGUACGCGUUCCUCAGCUCGGCGGCGAAGGCACUGAGCCCGUCCGUCACGCCGUCUAUCACAGCCGUGCUUGGCCUGGCGAAGCACUCCGGCCUGAGGCCGGCGAGUGCCUUGUCAAGCGCGUCAAGCAGACCACGGACCUCAUGGCCGUAGCGUUGCGCACCGGUUAUGUGGGUGAGCAGAGCGCUGAGCGCCGUGUGAACUGCACUAAGUCUGUCAGCGUAGUGAUCCUGGGACUUGGGGAGCAGGGGACUUUUUUCGCCCUCACGCUCCCUGUGCUCCCUCCGGAUCUCACUGCCGAGAUACUCGUUGACCGGGGCGUAGAAAGCGUGGAACGCGGAGGAUAUGACGGCAAUUUCCUUCUCUUCCCUCACGCUUUCGAGGCUAUCAAAAUGUCCGUACACGUAUUUCAUGAGGCCCUUGAAGCCCACGAAGAGAUCCCUGUUUAUCUCGCCGGGCAGCUCCCCCAGCUCACUCUCCGCCUUUAA